CCGUUUUAACCAAGCCGAGUCUGCGCAAUACCAACGGUCCAUCGGUGUAUGCCGCCUGAGCCGAGGUUCGCUGUCGGUGUUCGUCGUGCUUAAAUUUAGUUGAGUAUCGGUACCCGCAACAGGCUACGGCACGCGGACGCUGCGUAGAUCGAAACGAGUCCGAGUGGUCCCCCACCCCCACCGCAGUCCGUGUGUCUCCAUUUGUGCUUGCUUGCCAUCCUACGACCAGAAAACAGAAUGCAAUUAACGACAGCAAGGGAAUAGAGAGAGAGAGAAAGAUAAAAUCCGCGAAAGAAAUCCGACGAGAGCUGAGUAGCUGGCUGUGCCCGAUCGAUCAUCCUGCAGCACAGCAAUCCCGUGUGAUCCCGAGUGGCCGAUUGAAUUUCCGUGCGUUGCAGCGUUAAAGGAUACUUGCGAUCAUCUCGGGUUGCACACACACAUCCCGUUCGAAGCAUAUCGCUCAGUUUAGUGUUAAGUUCAUAGGAUCGGAGGAGACAUAUUCCAUUAUUGGAUCGGUGGAUCUGGUGGAAGCGACGUUUCUUUCGGUGUCCCCCACAGUGCGAAAAAGUGCGGGUUAGCUUAGUUUAUUUUUGCCCGCAUUAUGACUCGUUCUGUUGCCGAGCGGAAAGAAAAUUCAACCGAAAAUAUAGUGUGUUCCACUGGCGGGGCAUGGUCGUGUAAGCAGCAAGUGAAUUCUUUCGAAGAUCGCACCGUAGUAGAAUAAGUGCAGCCCAAACAGGGGUGAAAAGCGUGCGCGUGUGUGUGUGUGUGUCGAAAUUGAAAUGCGUGCCCGUAAUUCUGCUGCUACGUUAUUAUCGUCGUGCUGCUGUGCCGUGUAAGCCUGCCGCAGACAACCCCAGUGCGAGUGAGAGAAAAGCUGGAGCUAUAUUUAUAGAGCAUUGAACUACAUUGAAUGAGACGUCACCAUGUCGCACCUAUUCCCAAGUGCCAAGGGUGAUCAGCUAUGUCCGCUUGGAUUCCAUCCGCAAGUACGCUGGCCCACGCGAUGCAAGCGCUGUUUUCGAGACUACAAAGAGCACGGAAACAAACGGAAUGGAGAUGAUAUAGCAGCUUCAACGCCGGUUUUGCCAGGCUCAACCCAAUCACGCAAUCGUGACAGUGGCAGCAGCACCACACUGGACAAACCGGUCCGAAGCUGGACAUCAACACAGAAUCUGCUUAGCCCUAGCAGUGGCAAUGGUGGAAGCACUCAGAACUUUCAGCAACGUCCAGCUUCGUGGGCCUCGACGCCGGAUCUGGACAAUAUUCUGCAGGCAGUUAAGGCCGAUUUUACGGUCAACUUGCCGCUCCCUAGACGACGGCAUACGACAACAUUCGACAAUGUUAGUAAUCUAGACGAGGUUAACUCGACAACGGUAACCAUCAAAAGGCCACCAUUGCCGCCGAUUCUGAAGGUGGACACUGUCAAAAAGGAGGACAAGCCCGAGCUACAGAAGCGUGAAGACAGUGUGGCGGACAUUGUGAUCGAGAAAGGCGACUCGCUGGCGGAGCGUGUACGUAAGUUAAAUCUGAUAAAGCGGCAAGGUAGCGCCGAACGGGAAACGAGUAAAGAGCGAACAGUUUCUCCGAAGCAGGAAAAAGAUGAACCACCAGUGGUAACAGCGAAAGUGGUUCUCAAACCGUCCAGAGUGGAACCAGAAACAGUUGAAAAAAUCGAACGACGAAGACGUAGACCCAUUCCAGACACACCCGAUUCCAGUGUCACCAGUUCCUCUUCAGCUUCAGCUACAAGUAGCUCUAAGCUAACGGCCGGCAGUGUUAAGCCGACGGUAACGUUUGCAAGCACAUCACAGCCAUCAACCGCAUCCGCCACAUCGAGCUCUCAGACUUCUAAGGAAUCUCAGGGAAGUGAAGCAAGCACCACGACGAAAAGCAUCAUUCGCAGGAGACGUACCGAAGAUUCGGCUGUUCCGUCGCAGUCCACCACUUCUACCACGUCCUCUGCUGGGUCGUCAUCGUCAUCGAAGUUAACCUUAAGCCAGUCGGGCCCAUCCAUAACGUCCUUCCAGCCAAAGAGCUCACGCCCUGCCAGCGAGCCUCAGGUACCCAGUUCCAGCAGCGAUGACGUCAAGUUCCUCAUAUCGAUUAAAGACAAAAAAGCAAAAGCGGACGAUGAUCUGCACUCGAUCACGACCGAAACGACCGAAACGACGGAAGCAACCAUUGUGGACCAUACCGACAUUCGAGAAUUGCAAGAGGAGAACGAAAGCCUUAAGCGCGAGCUGGAAACGGUUAAGGCUCGAGCGGAACGAGCAGAACGGGACAAGAGCGACAUACUGCUGCGGCGACUCGCCUCCAUUGACACCGUGUCGAACAAGACGGCCGCGUCCGAAGCUCUCAAGCUGCAGCAGAAGGUGAAUGAGCAGAAGCAGCUCAUAGAUGAUCUGCAGGACGAGAAAAAGUUCCUUACCACCAAGCUCAAAGAAAUGACCGCCGACAUAAACGUCCGAGGCAGUCGAGGCAUGGAAGAGCAGCUGCGACAAAAGCUGGAACAGGCGGAAACGCUCUGCGAGGAACUAAUGGAUGAGAAUGAAGAAAUCAAACGCGAACUGCGCAACAUGGAGACGGAGAUAGAAGAAAUGCACGACAACUUCCGCGAGGAGCAGGCGGACGAGUAUGCGUCGCUCAAGAAAGAGCUCGACCAGACCACAAAGAACUGUCGAAUAUUGUCGUUUAAGUUGAAGAAAUCGGAUCGCCGCAUUGAGCAACUAGAAUCGGAAAAGGCUGCCCUGGGAGCAAGCGGUGACCUGGCAGCAAAAAUUAAACAACUCGAAGACGAACUGAAGGUGUCGAAUGAGGUGGCCCGUCGCUUGCAAGCGGAGCUGGAAAGCGCUGGACCAGGCUCGACACCCACAUCGCCGACCAAGAAAACUCCGAGCCUUGGCAACAUCGGCAAGUCAACGUCGGCCGAUAGUAAGAUUUCUCGCGCCUCGCUAACACGCGGCGGAUCGCAGGAAGAUCCGGCACAGUUAUUGCGCGAUCUGCAGGACUCACUCGAACGAGAGGCGGAUCUGCGGGAGCAGCUUAAAUACGCCGAGGAAGAGGCGGAAAACCUACGCCGCAAAUCGUCGCGCGUUGAGGAUGAAAAUGACUCUCUGGUGAUGCAGCUGAAAAAGAUGGCUUCGAAGGCGAAAACAAAGAGCAGUAUCUUUACGAAGGCAAGAAAACUUAGCCCAGCACCCACAUCACGCUCCAGCACGGACACUGCCCCCAUCGAAAAGGAUGAAGGAAUAUCCGACGAGGAAGAUCCGGCCGAACUGCGCUUGCAGCUGGAACUGAACGAGCAGGAAAUGGCAGUGCUGCGGCGCAAGAUGGAGGAGUUCGAGCACGAGAACAAACACGCCCGCGAGCAAAUCAAAGAUCUGCAGGAAAACCUGGCCUCCAAAACGAAGGAACUGGGUCGCAAACUUCCCUCGGCGCUUGGUAGCAAGACAGGGGUAAAGGAUCCAUUGGAAGAGAAGAAGAUCACUGUUAUGGAGGAGGAGAUAAGCGAGCUGCGAAAAAAGCUGAUCGAGAAGGAUCGCGAAUUCGAACGCUUGCAGGCGGAGAUGGCACUGGCCAAGUCAAAGGGUGGCAAAUCGUUGUCUAAAGCCAAAUCACUUGACGCUCUCACGGAACAGCAGGCGCAAGACUUGAAGCGGCAGCUGCAGGUGAUCGAGCAGGAAGCGACGGUCUUGCGUGCGAAAACGCAAAGCCUCGAACAGGAUAAUGAAAAGUAUCAGGCAGAGAUCAAGAAGCUUCAGGCCGCACCACCAAAGGCAACCGCAACAGCAGCGGCAGAUAAGAAAAAGCUCACCGAUUCGAUUGAGCAGUUGGAGAAGGAAAAAACCGAGCUAGAGGUACGACUGAAGCGGAUUGUUCAAGAGUCCCUCAGCCAGCUACCGGUGCGUUUGUCCAAGAGCCCGACAGACAUGCACACCAAACUUCAACUGAGGAAAAUGGUCGAAGAAUGUGAAAUGGAGAUCGACGAGCUGCGAGCCUUGGUUGGUAAGGCGGGUGCUUUGAAUAUCACAGCCCUAGCGAAGGAAAAGAAGCAGCUCGAGGCGGAACUGACCGAAACGAAGCAACAGCAGGAGAAACUUACAACGGAGCUAAGCAAACUUAAAAAGGAAACUCUCGAACAGCAAACUUCGAAGCUGAAUGAAGCACAGCGUACUGUGGAAAAAUUAGAAGACGAAAACAGAAAACAAAAUGAAAAGAUUAAAUCGCUAGAAGAUAAAAUCACUAAAAUUAAUACGACAAUGAAAGCUACAGAAUCAAGCAAAACCUUCCUCGAGAUGCAGCUCAAAACGGAAAAAGAGAAACACACCAAUGCCGAGCGGGAUCUUGAAAAGCUGCGCAAGGAAAAGUCCAAGCUGGACAAUCGCAUCAGCGAUUUGGAGAAGGAGCUUCAGCUGUCGAAGAAAAAUGCCGAGCUCAUCAAGGAAAGUCUGGAGCGGGAAAUGGCGGCACUGAAGAGUAAAUCUUCUACCGGUGCAGACGAUAGCGAAGCGACGAAGCUACUGCAGGAUUUGAAAAAACAAAAUGAAGAGCUAACGUCGGAGAUUCAUCAGCAGAGCAGAAAGUUCGAAGAGUUGCUUCAGAAACAUGAAACCAUGGAAGAGGAUCAUCUUGUCGUUAAAGCACAGCUAGCAUCGGAACGUGAAAAGGCACAGGAAGUUGAUAAGCUGAAGAACAAGCUGCUCCAGGCGGAAGCCAUCGAGUCAAGGCUGGUUAAGGAAAAUACUAACAUGAGCCGCCGGUUGGUGGAGGUGCAGAAAAAGCUAACCGCCGCCGAGACUAACAACGACAACCGGUACGCGGGAAUAGAGCUGGAGAAGAACCGUUUGAAGACGGCACUGGAGGACAAGCAGCACGAUUACGAGAAGCUGACCAAAGAAAGCGAAAUGAACGCGUAUCAAGUGAAUCAGCUAAAAAAAGACAACGAAGAUCUACGCGGAAAGCUGGAUGACUAUGAACGCAUUAACAAGGCUCAGCGUACCCUGAGCGAACAUAACGCUCAUUUGGAGCAGGAGCUGAAGAGUGUCUACACAAAAUUGGAAGCGUCCGAGUUGAAUGUGAAGUCGGAAGUAGCUGCCACGCGCUUACGCUACGAGCAACAGGUGACCAACUUGCACAACGAGCUGACGGCUAUGCAGCGUCAGUGUGAACGGUUUAAGCGCGAUCGUGACACUUUCAAGCAGCUGGUUGAGGCCGCCCAGAAGCAAAUCGGAGAUAUGAAGGCGAACCGGCGCAGUCUAGCAUCCGUUACGAGCAGCAGCGGCGAUGAUGACGAUAAGACGAAGAUCGUGGCGCUCGAGCAGCAGAUCGGUUGCCUCGAGGAUGAACUUAGCGAGGCCCGGCUCGAAGCCAGCAAGGUGCGCACCGAGCUGGUGUCCGAGCUGAGUGCGUCCGAGAUCAAGAUCUCGGAGAUGCAAUCGAAGAUCAACGAGCUGGAGGAGGAGAAAAUUAUGGGCAGCGGCAAGUCGAAAGUGCCCGGCACCAAGACACGACUCGAGCUGUCCUGGCAGAAGGAGCGCGAGGAGCUGCAACGGUUAGUGCAGGAAACGUCGACGCUGGCACGCGACCUGCGCCAAACGCUGUACGAGGUGGAGCGCGAACGGGACAAGGAGAAGCUCGAAUCGAAGCGCAAGAUCGAACAAAUCAAAAAGACAACCGAGGAAGAGAUCGAGGAGGGUCGCCGAAAGGUGACCGAGUUGCAGAGCGAUCUGCUGGAGCUGCGCGAUGCGCACGCGAAAUUGCGCACGGCCAACGAAAAGUUGCGACGCGAUCGCGAUCGCUACGAGCGCGAGCGGGCCGAUGCCACACGAAAGAGGCUGGAAGCGGAGGGCGACCGACGGAUAGGGGCACUGCUGCAAACGGUCGACGAGCUGGUGAAGCUGGCGCCGGAACUACAGAAGGUUGCACCCAAGGAUUCCCACACGACAAGCACUGGAAAGACCAUCACAGCUAAUGCACCCAUUCCAACACCGCCCAUGCGCCACAAGAGUCCAUCGCCGGGACCUGGAGCCACAGCACAGCCACAGCAGUCGAUUUCUACAGUAUUAGCUAGGCUGGCCGAUGCAUCCGAAGAUCUGAGACGCUACCAGCGUAUGUGCGAUGAGGAAAAAGACAGAGAACGGGCACGUCGCGGUGGAAUGCGGCGGGCUGCAUCGCAAGAAAAUGAUGCGAUGCAUGAUAAUUCACCAGGGCGGCCGGUGCUCAGGGUGAAUCGAAACGGUGGCAGCCUGCACAGAAAGAGUCUUUCGUUGGAUCAAUCGAUGCAGGCUGAACAGCAGGGGCUUAUCUGGAGAGAAGGUGACGAUAGCAUGUCGUCGCUGCAAUCGAUCGACUCCGACUACGGCAUGAUGCGCCGUGAUUCCAGCCUAGACUCGCGCCUAUCGACCGGUUCGACCCAAAGUGAUAUGCCUCGCAUGCGAAAGAAGAAGCGCGGCCUGAUGGGUAAACUGCGCAGCUUAAGUCUCACCCGUAGCAAAGGAACCGAAAGCGACUAUUCUCAUCAAGGAUCAGACUCCGAUCUCAGUCUAGCUGGUGAUGUUCGGUCGAGCAAAACCAAUCUGAAGGGAAAACUAUCGGGAAUGUUCCGUCGAGCCGGUUCUUCCUCGCGCACCAACAGUGCCGAAGCAAUCGAUCGCGAAAUUCAACGCCCGGUCGCUAUCCAGACGCUCGGCAAUGGUCCGACAGCGGCAGCUGCGCCUCCGCAACGGCCAGUUUCUGCUAGCACACCGCAUUUAGCUAGAGCCGCUAAACCUCCAACACCGUCGAUGGUAUCAACGCAAAGAAAACGGCUAAGCGCCAAUCUUCCACCUACGGGCCAAUCGUCCGGCGGAGGAUAGUAAGGAAGAAGUUGAUGUUGACCAGACCAAGGAAGGCGGAUAUGUGUUGUAGCUUGUUUAGGACAAUCAACUCACGACGAAUUGUUUGUCGAUCUCUCCAAAACCGUAUCCGUGUUAACACACACCUCAAGCUCAAGCAGCCCCAAAGCUUGGCCUACGUUUACAGACAGUGAAGUGCACUUUUCUUUAAUUGUUCAUCGUGAUAAUGUUGAUGUAGCGAAUGAAACAACCGAGAGCAAUCGUUAAAUAAAUAUGUUCCACUUACCGUUUA